AACAGGACAAUCCGUUUAUUGCAAGACUGAUCUAGUGGGGGUUUGUUAUGGAUUGCUAUAUAUCGGCAAACUUGAACAUUCCAGUUAGUUAUCACACCCUGUUGUUAUUCUAUUCUUACUGUGUUUCAACACCAUGAGAGCUUUGGUCUGCUUAUGCCUCAUCAUAGGCGCAGCCUGGGCUGAAAAAGCGGUUCCGGUUAAAGGAAAAGCUGUGGGAAAACGAGGCGUGUUAGGGUUGGGCAUCCACGACGGAAUUGACGGCGGUUUGGGCUUGAACGGCCUUGGCGGUGUUGGUCUUGGAGGCGUUGGGCUGGACGGAGCCGUCGCCGUGGCCGCCCCCGCCAUCCACCUGGGCACCUCCACCCACACCCACACGACCAUCACCCGGAAUCUGGGGGUGCCAGUCCCCGUGCCGCACCCAGUGCCCGUGGACCGACCGGUCCCUUAUCCCGUAGGAGUUCCGGUUGAGGUUCCGGUGGAUCGGCCGUAUCCCGUUCCGGUGCCCAAACCCUACCCCGUCACCGUGGAGAGAACCGUCGCCGUUCCCGUUGACCGUCCCGUUGCCGUUCCCGUUCCGCAGCCCGUUCAUGUGCCGGUGGUCAAACACGUUGGAGUUCCGGUGCCACAGCCUUAUGCUGUUCCGGUAGCCAAACCCGUUGCCGUUCCCGUUGCACAUCCCGUUCCGGUUGCUGUAGCUAAGCCCGUUCUCGUCUCGAAGCAUCUCUGGUGAUUGGCCCGCUUGUAGAUUAAGUACAAAUGUAAAUUAUGAUUUAUUUUUGUAAAUAAAUGCGAUUUCUAAUAAAUUUUUGGAAAUUU